AUAAAGUUUUCAAAUAAACGAAACCGAAGUGAACCUCAAGAUUGAAUAAAUAAAUAUUUAUUAAGAAAUUAAUAACAAAAAUUAGGAAGAAACAAAGUUAUAUAUUAAAAUAAAUAUAUAUUCAAAGAAGAAAAAUCGUAGUGUAGUGGACAAAAUAUAAAAUGCCGGCACCUGACAUACAAUAUUCAGAAAAAUAUGAAGAUGACAACUAUAUAUACAGACAUGUAAUAUUACCACCUGAUAUGUCAGCAUCCGUACCAAGAACUCACCUACUAACUGAAACAGAAUGGAGGAAUCUGGGUGUUCAACAAAGUCCUGGUUGGGAACAUUAUAUGAUACAUUCACCAGAGCCACAUGUAUUACUGUUUCGGCGUUCAAAAACGAAAGAACCACAAUGAAUUUAAUGUUGAUGAACAAUC